UUUUGUGAUUUUUGAACAAACAAACCAAAAAAAAAAAAAAAUGGCGAAAUCUGACAUAGAAACUGGUGCUGGUGGUGGUAACGAGCUGUAUCCGGACAUGAAAGAGAGCACAGAGCUUCGUUGGGCUUUCAUAAGGAAAGUGUACACCAUCUUGUCUCUUCAGCUGCUUCUCACCGUCGGUGUCUCCGCCGUGUUCUUCUUCGUCCGUCCGAUUCCUGUGUUCAUCACCGAGACUACCCCUGGACUCGUCGUCUUCUUUGUCAUCCUCCUUCUUCCUCUCUUCCUGCUGUGGCCUCUGUUGGCUUUUGAGAAGAAGCAUCCCAUUAACUGCAUUGUCCUUACCAUCUUCACUCUCUCCAUUUCCUUCGCUGUUGGGAUUUGCUGCUCUCUCUCCAAAGGGAGGAUUGUUAUGGAGGCUGCAAUUCUCACAGCAGCGAUGGUCUUUGGGCUGACGAUCUACACCUUCUGGGCAGUAAAGAGAGGCCAUGAUUUCUCCUUCCUUGGACCAUUCCUCUUUGGUUCACUCCUCAUUAUCCUUGUCUUCACUCUGCUCCAGAUCUACUACCCUCUCGGGAAGCUAACAUCGAUGAUAUUCAGCGGUGUAGCAUCAAUCGUGUUCUGCGGAUACAUCAUCUUCGACACAGACCAGCUGAUCAAGAAACUCAACUACGACGAGUAUAUCAUUGCUGCGAUCCGUCUUUACCUGGACGUUAUGAGUCUCUUCCUCAAUCUCCUUGGCAUCAUGAGCAACGGCCAGUGACAUGUGGUUUCAUCUUCUCUGAUGGUGUCGUUACUAUUCUACUAAUUCUAGACAUAGAUUUGUCGAGUAUUAAGAAGAAGACAAUAUUAUAGUGUUUUACUGCUUGAUAAAGUUGUUAACAAUACCAAAACAUUCUUUAUAAGCAGUUAUUAUAAGUAUAACAUGUGAGAAACGAUCCUUUGAUGAUUAUAUAUUUGUUUUCUUGUGA